GCCAAGCCUCUAGCGGAGUGUGCCUGUUAAAUUUAGUGGAUCACCAAACCGAUAAAAGACAACCAUAAUUACAUAAUAGUCAUAUGUCAAUAUUUAUGGCGUGAGGGCAUCGUGCACCUUGUAUAGUGGGCAACAGACGGAAUUUCGACGCUGCGUCACGCCUCUGACAGAAUAGUGUAUUUUCAAUUUUGAUUUUCUUACAUAUCACAGGUCACCUCAUUGUCUGGGACUGUGUAGUCUGGGUGUAAUCAUUGACGUUCUCCAGUGCUGCCGCUAUGCUGGCACGGGUUCUAAAACCCCUGGGAUGUUCACUGGCGAGGAAAGUAUGCAAAAACCAUGUUCAUCAUGCAAGAACAUUGGCUCUGACUGCUCAUAGGCUGGUACACUCUGAACAUAAUGAGGACCAGAGAACCACUGUCACACUUCUUAACAAGGAGAUGGGUGAUCUGAUCAGUGUUGAUGGAGUGAGCCAGUUUGGCUUCCACCUGAACACAGGUGUAGUGGUUGUGGGCCCGAUGGCCGUGUUCCCGCGGACUGUGCUCGGCUGGAACGUCGGCUCGCACACCGACAUCACGCCCGCCUCGCUGUCACUCUUCAGCAUCAUGGAGCCACGUCUCGACUGUCUGGUCAUCGGCACAGGCGACCGGGGCACCACCGUCAGCAGGGACGUGAUUGCUUUCCUGCGCCAGAAGCGGAUCGGCUUCGAGAUCCUGCCCACCGAGCAGGCGGCCGCCACGUUCAACUUCAUGAACCUGGAGCGCCGGUGUGUGGCAGGCGCCUUCAUCCCGCCGGUGGACGUGCGGCUCUUGGACCGCGACCUGGAGCAGCUGGAGAAGGUGCGCCGUCGCGAGCUCAUCGACUCCUCGUAGAUCGGGGAGGAGCGGGUCACGGCGGCACCGCGACGAAAGGGGGGGGGGGGCACUGUGCCGCGGUGGCCAGUUUGUACAUUUGCGGCAGUGGUGCGGACGGUUGAGCAUCCGACGAGCGUGUGAGAGACCAGGAUUCAGGCUCAGUCCAGCGGGGUCUGACUGGCGCGACUGACUCCAGAUGUGUCAUCGUCCCGACUGACUCCAUUGAGUCCUUUGCGGCUAGAGGCGACACGUUGUUUUUCCUAUCGUUUGCUGGAGAUCAGAUGGUGGCCAGUCCCUGGCGCAAUAGACCAAAGCGUCAUUAGGA